AUGGAGAGCUUAUAUGCGACGGACUGUGCUUAUCCAGAAACUUCCUCAAAUUAUGCGUACGCAUCCUCGCCACUCUUUUCUCCCCCACUAGACUCUUCCUUGACCUCUAGUCCGAGUGAGGACGCGUCCUUGGCUACUCAAGGCGACAGCUCGAUGGCGGAGUUUCCACUUGCGAGUUCGGACAAAGAUUGGGACAGUCUGAGCGACAUCUUCAUCACCGACGCGCUGAAUUCCUUACCGCCGUCUUCGAUUAUCGACCUGAACCAAGACCUGGACUUCGGGACGCAGGAGGAUACACCAAACGAUCCACGAUGCUGUCAGAGCGAAACUACGCCUUCGUCUCCGUUUUCUGGAGCGCUCUCAGCUGAAUCCACGUACCCGAACAACUCUUCGUGGAUUGAAGAAAUAGCUGUACCAGCCAAUGAUGAAGACCUCCUCCAACCGGUGGAGCCUCCACCAGCAGUCAAGCACGUGACUCGAGCACGAGGACGAGGCAGGAAAGUCGUGUCCACUGCCGCGCCAAAGAAGCCCACGGCAGGUCUCGACGAGCAUAAAAAGCAGCGACGCCGGUCGCAGAUCGCAUUGGGCGUGCAACGCCAUCGGGAGAAGAAGAGGAGUCAGGUCGUGUCGUUGCAGACCGAGAUGAGUCGCCUGACGAGCCAAUUGGCAACACUGCGAGCCGAGCGACGGGCUCACCUCGCGAACAACGACGAGCUCAUGGGGUACGAGGAAGAAGCCAUGACGCAACGGCGCAAGCGGAAACAGGCCGAGCAGCACAAUCAGCUGCUGAAAGAAGCGCUGUUCCAGCAGACGACGUUUCUCGGGGGCAUGCGGGCCAUGAUGGGCGGCAGCAACUUGCUGCUUUCCAAGACGCUCGAGUUUCACGACUGGGUGCACUCGUACACGGCCUUGUCGGCCACCGAUGCCCUCGUGCGUCGGAAAGAGUACGUCGCGCAUUUUCCACGGAGCAAGAUGGAGUUGGCGCGGAACAUUGUGAUCCAGAACACCGAAGAAGAUACGUUGCGCUUGUUGGCCACGGGCGGCACAACGACGGCGAACAUUCGGAUCGUGCACGACGGCACGCGGCACGCGCACGAGAUGCACGCCGAGUCAGCUGCGGCCAUGACACGGGACCUCUUCGGCCGCCGCAGUAGCCGGCAGGAUCCGUAUACCUCGUUCGUCGACGAUGCCGGUGACGGCCGCGUGAUCAAGGAGUUCUCGUCCGUGUUUUUCUUCCCCGAGACCGAGCACUGCACGCCCCGGUCGCUCAUGAACAUCCUGGCCAGAAGCUUGAAGACCAUUGGCGUGUACUACACGGGCGUGUCGUACGAAGCGCGAGCGUCGGAAGAAGUGCACCUCGAGGAGGACAAUGGCUUGACGCACUCGGACGUGUACUACUCGGACCUGGUGGCGUCCAUGGAGCCCGUGAUUGAAGAAGUCGACGAAGCCGAUACGGCUGGGAACAUUGACGUUGAAGCGCGGGUUUUGACGCGCGUGCAAUGUGGACAAGACGAAGGGAUCCUCUUGUGGGACUACGCGGACGAAGACACGUUGCACCCGAUUCCAGUCGACUCGCCCGACCGCAAAGCCAUUCGCCGCAACGUGUGCGGUGCAAUGACCCGUAUUGUCCGCUGGCGCAGCCCAAGAAGAACGUGGUCGGGAGGGUCCGAGGCGUCGGACGCCGAAGAGAUUCGACGGGCCAUCACGCGACGCAUUGGCCUGCAAGCGACCGAGUCCGAACGCUUGCGGGACCGGUGCUUGGGCUACAUCUACAACGACAUUGUCCGUCGCUUGGAGAUGCUGCAAGUGUCGUGA